AUGUCUUUCCCCCAGCUGGGCUACCAGUACAUCAGGCCGAUUUACCCGGCGGAGCGCCCGGGGAGCGGCGGCUCCCGCGGCGGCGCCGAGCUGGCCCCGUCCGGGACCCUCUCCAACGUGCUCUCCUCCAUGUACGGCGCGCCCUACGCCGCCGCCGCCGCCGCCCAGGGCUACGGAGCCUUCCUGCCCUACGCCGCCGAGCUGCCCAUCUUCCCCCAGCUGGGCGCCCAGUACGAGCUGAAGGAGAGCCCGGGGGUGCAGCACGCCGCCUUCCCCCACCACCACCCCGCCUUCUACCCCUACGGGCAGUACCAGUUCGGGGACCCGUCGCGGCCCAAGAACGCCACCCGGGAGAGCACCAGCACCCUCAAGGCCUGGCUCAACGAGCACCGGAAAAACCCCUACCCCACCAAGGGCGAGAAGAUCAUGCUGGCCAUCAUCACCAAAAUGACCCUCACCCAGGUCUCCACCUGGUUCGCCAACGCGCGGCGGCGGCUCAAAAAGGAGAACAAAAUGACCUGGGCCCCCCGCAGCAGGACGGACGAGGAGGGCAACUCCUACGGGAGCGACCACGAGGGGGAAGAGGACAAGAGGGAGGACGAGGAGGAGAUCGACCUGGAGAACAUCGACACCGAGAACAUCGAGAGCAACAAGGACGAGCUGGAGGACGAGCUGCAGGACGCCGACCUCCUGCACUCCGACUCCAAGACGGACUCGGAGGGCUCCGAGGGCUUCGAGGACCUGCCCGGCUCCGAGGAGCGCUACCUCAAGGCCGCCGAGGGGGAGCCGCACCACCUCCGCCACCACCACCUCCACCACCAUCACCACCACCACCACAAGUGCGAGCUCCCCGCCGCCGCCGCCCCCGCCGGCCUGGAGCCCCUCAAGCCGCCCCUCCAGCCGCCGCCGCACCACCUCUCGCCCCCCUCCUCCGCCUCCUCCUCCGCCGCCUCCUCCCCGACGGACGGCGCUUUGGCCGGCACCCUGCCGAAGCCCAAGAUCUGGUCGCUGGCCGAGACGGCCACCAGCCCGGACAACCCCCGCAAGUCUCCCGGCGGCGGCUCCCCGCCGGCGGCCGCCCCCCAGCCGCUGCCGCUGCCCCCCCCGCCGCCCCACAGACUCGUCUCCUCCUGCCCCCUGGGCAAGUUCCCCAACUGGACCAACCGCGCCUUCCCGGCCCACCACCACCACCACCCGCCCCCGCACCCGCUGGCCUUACUGAACACUCCCCACCUGCUGGGGCUGGGGGCUGCCCCCGCCGCCCCCGCCGCCGCCGCCGCCUUCCCGCGGCCCGCGGACCAGGCGCAGAGCGCGGAGCCCGCCGGAGCAGAUCGAUCUAGUGCCUUGGAAGUAGAGAAAAAGUUAAUAAAGACAGCUUUCCAGCCAGUGCAGAGGCGGCCCCAGAACCAGCUUGAUGCCGCUAUGGUUCUAUCGGCGUUGUCAUCAUCAUAGUUAAUUUUUUAUUGUUGUUGUAAUGAUUGUAAAAAUCUCUGUAUAGUUACGACUUGUAAGCAUGUCCGUAUAUUAAAACAAAAAGGAAAAAAAAAAAUACCCGCUUCUGUACUAUCAUCUGGAUUAGCUGAGUUUGUGAGGUUUUUUGGAAGUCCAGUGAGAAUUAGGUGUUUCGAUUUUUUUUUGUUGUUGUUGUUUUUGUACAUACAGUAAAAAUGUACAUAUGUGUGAACCAAAUUGUACAAGAAAGUAUAUAUUUUUGGCUAAUAAAUAAACUGUUGCCACU